GUGUUCCAGUACAGCGUCAGACGCGUUGCUAUAGUUAACAGCUUAGCAGAUCGCUUGUGAUUUCGUAGUUCAUUGGGCUCGGACAUAUAUAUAUACUUACACUUAGCGCUUCAGCGACUUUAAUGUAUGUUUAACGUGGCACUGCUUGAAACAGUAUUUGCCGAGGUACCUGACAAAAUGUACGACGCACGAAGAAGCCUGAGCGGGGCACGCGCCCGCAGCUGCCUGGUGCUGUCGGCGCUUCUGGGGUGCCUGGUGACGUCAGCGGCGUCCAGCGCCACCGAGUGCCGCCGGCUGCCGUACGAGGACACGGCGCCUCGCACGCGCCUCACCAGCGACCGCUUCAGCAUCUCCGUCAGCGGAAACCCCAACGGCUACGUGCCUGGGGAGUCGUACACAGUGGUGCUGCAGAGCUCGCCGCAGAUGCACCGGUUCACGGGCUUCGUGCUGACGGUGGAGCUGGCGGACGAGGAGUCGCUGACGGACGACGACGAGGAGGAGGAGCAGCCGCCGCGCGGCCGGCUGCACUCGCUGGGGCCGCUGGGCGCGGGCACCUUCUCGCUGUACGGCGACACGCUGACGCACUUCAGCGACCGCUGCCCCAACACCGUCACGCACACCUCCAGCUACCGCAAGGACAAGGUGCAGGUGUACUGGAAGGCGCCGCUCUCCGGCAGCGGCUGCGUCGUCUUCAGGGCCACAGUAAUAGAACGUCCGAAGGUCUGGUAUAUGGAUGACGGACCCCUGAGCCACGUUCUUUGCGAAGAGGUACCGGACACCUUUGAGGAUCAGCUGCCAGUUCAAACAGAGUGCUGUCCUUGCGACGAAGCGAAGUACGAGCUCGCUUUUGAAGGACUGUGGUCUCGCCACACGCACCCUAAAGGCUUCCCGGACGACAGCUUCCUAGCAAAGUUCAGCGACGUGGUCGGAGCCUCCCAUACGCCGGACUACUACUUCUGGUCGUACGGAGCCAGAGCGACAAGGGGCCUGAGGCAGCUGGCGGAGCGAGGCUUCACCCGGGAGCUGGAGCACGAACUCAAGACCCACAGUCACGAAAUACGCACUAUUAUAAAAGCGCGUGGCCUAAGCUUCCCUGAAGUGACAGGGAAAACAUUUUCAGGCUUCCGUGUCGACAGGAGACAUCACCUGGUGUCCAUUGUAUCAAAAAUAAAUCCAUCGCCUGAUUGGAUUGUUGGUAUAGCUGGACUGGAGCUCUGCAGAAACUGUAGCUGGGUAGAAAACUUGGAGUUAAAUUUGUAUCCGUGGGACAUAGGAACAGAUAGUGGAGUCACAUAUACAUCGCCCAACAUGCCAACCGUUCCGCAAGACGUGAUCCGACGCAUCACGUCCAGCUUCCCUAACGACGAGGAGGCACCGUUUUAUGACGAAUCUGGAACUCCGAUGAAGCCUCUGGCCCGUCUUUACCUCACAAGGCAGCGAUUAUACAGAAGACAUUGUUCACCUCAAGAAUCAAGAAGUAUGGGAGGAUACCCAAUUGAUGGAUGCACAACGACGGAAUGGUCAGAGUGGAGUCCCUGUUCAGUAACCUGUGGCGAGGGAGUCACACAACGUUGCCGAAAAUACGUCGACCCACAGACGGCAAAAGAGAAUGGGUGCAGGAGGAAAUUAACGGCAAAGAGAGCCUGCACUGCCACUAUUCCAAGCUGCAGGGCUAUACCAGACGAAUGGGACUGCGAAGUAACCGAAUGGUCUCAGUGGACGGAGUACAUCAGUAAAUGUCGCCAGGGGGCUCAGACAAGGGAUGUGCCAGUCAGACAGCAACAAAAUGAGGAGUGUAAUGUACAUAACGUCAUGAAUAUUGAGCAAACCGAAGUCUGCUACGGUGUGCAAAGUAAAGACUGCAGUCAGUCCGCUGAAGAGGAACAAGAGUUUCGGAAAGAUUUCUGUCUGCUUCCAAGAAGUUCAGGUCACUGUCGCGGGGCUUUCUAUCAUUGGUUUUUUGAUGAAACAGAGUGUAAGGAGUUCAGGUAUGGCGGCUGCGGCGGAAAUCAGAACAACUUUCCAACCAGGGAAGAAUGCGAAGAAAAAUGUAUGAACAGAACAAGUCAACACAACGGUGAUGAUAUGGAGGAAUCACUUCAAGGUACUGAUGACGAAAACAGUGUAAACGACCUGGCAACGCCGUUUCCAAGUGACACUGAUAACAAUGACAAUAUGUCAGCAGAGAGAGAAUCACGCGAGCGUGUAAACUGUUUAAGCAGCGAGUGGACAGAGUGGACGCCCUGUAGUGUAACAUGUGGCAGAGGAGUUAGAGUGAGAGAGAGAUAUGUGUCGGUACUCCCACGUUGCAGAGGAAGAGGGUGUCCUAGAAGGCGUAGUGGCACAGAGAGAUGUAGACGAAGGAACUGUGGAGGCGACUGCCAGCUGUCAGAGUGGAGCGAGUGGUCGCUGUGCUCGGCCAGCUGCGGCGACGCCUACCGCCAGCGCACCAGGAGCAUCGUCCGGCCGGCGCGGCGCCGCGGUAGGCCGUGCGGGCCGCGCCUUGAGAAGGAGGCGUGCCACCUGCCCGCCUGCCAUUAAGGCGCGGUGGACUUCACGUAGCGGCAGCAAACUCUCCAUUAGUGCACGGGGGAAACAGCUGCGACGUGUGUACAAUAGUAGCAUAGUAUCCAAAUCGUCAAUUUCAUUCUUAUGUAAGUUUAAACAGGUUCAUGGACGAUCACUUUCGUGUGUGCAAAAUUUUGAACUUUACAAUCUCACAAACACUGCCAGCUACAUAUUUUCUAAGAUAAAUUAUAAACGUUCAUUCCAUCUAUGAAGCUUUAUUCUAGCAUAUAAGAAUUUCAUGUUUCAUUUGUAAAUAUAAGUAGUCAAUUUUGGGAAGUAAUUCUCAGAUUUUUGCUUCCAACAGGCAGUAUUCUAUUAUUAAACUUGUACCAAUGAAUCAGAACUUCGCCAACCUCUCCCAUCAGCAAUAAUAUUUGAAUCACAUUUCAUAACUGUAUUUUGUGUAAUUGUAUAUGUCCUAAUAGACUACCAAAUUAGCCUGUAUUGGUUGGUGGACAGACCAUCACUAACAAAAAGUUAUCAACCAAUGACUGUUGUUGACUGAUUAUAGUAAAGUGAUUUUAAAAUUCUGUAAGAGUAAUCAGAUACUCCUAGUGUGAUUCUCAUUAUUAAUUAUAUAUUUUUUAUUUCUAAGUUCAUGUGACAUAUAUACAGAAGUAAUUGUAACACUAUGUUGCAUUAUUUGUGGCAAUAUAUUAUAUACAUGCA